GGCGGGCGGCGCUUUGCGGCCGCGCUUGGCGGCCUGAAGCCGCAUCGCGGUGAGGGCAGCCGGGCAGCGGCUCCCGGUGCGCCCCGGCGCUGAUGCAGAAAAUCAACAGGAACGUGGUCCUGGCGCUGCUGUCGCUGACCAGCCUGGUUUUCCUGCUCUUCCAGCUGUGCUAUUACAAGUUCUACCUGUCGCAGAAGAAUGGAGCAGCUUUUUCCAAAGUCAGAGGAAGCCAGUCAGGCCAAGACAGCACUAGAUGGCACGUGGUUAGGAAGUUCCUAGGAUUAAUAUCCAGUCACAAUAUUCCAGUGUAUUUGAUUGAUCCUUUGAUUCUGGGACUGGUUGAUAAAGACAUUGAGCAGAUCAGAAGCUCUCCAGAUGGCCCCAGCCCAGAAUGCAAAUACUUCUGUGCUCCAAGAGACUUCACUACCUUUGCACUACUAGACAAAACAUGGAAACAUGAUGUGGGCCUUUUUAGAACUGCUGAGAAGAUGGGGUUCCAGUGGCUAAAGAUUAUAAACAAGGACCCCCGCUUGGAUGGGAUGGAUGACCUGUCUGGGAUGGAAAUUCCCUUGCACUACAUAUUCAAGCUGGCAUCCCAUGCCAUUCACCUGGUGGUCUUCUAUGAGAGGAGUGGCAACUUCCUCUGGCACGGACCCCUGAGGCUCAAGCAACACAUGGACAGAAAGUUUGUGCCCUUCCGGAAGCUCCACUUUGGUCGCUAUCCUGGGGCAUAUGAAAAGCCAGAACUUCUGCUUGUUUCCAUUGAUGACUUAAAAGUUCAAAUUCCAAAAAAUCCAUCCAGUUUUCUAGAGGAGAUGUCCCACUCUAGAUUUCUUGAAUGUAGGUACAGAGAAGCUCGGGCUUUCUUUCAGCUGUACCCUGAUGAUGCCUCUGUUGAUGCAGUGGAAUUCAGGAAAAAGGCAAAAUCCUUGCUUCAUCUGGCUGCCCUGACACUGAAUAACUUGGGAGUGAAGUUCUGGCUGAGCAGUGGAACAUGUCUUGGCUGGUAUAGGCAGUGCAAUGUCAUUCCUCACAGCAAAGAUGUGGAUUUGGGAAUCUUUAUAAGGGACUACAAAGCAGAUAUCAUUCCAGCCUUUCAGAAAGCAGGGUUGCCACUGAAGCACAAAUUUGGCAAGGUGGAAGACAGCUUGGAACUCUCUUUUCAGGGAGAAGAUGAUGUGAAACUUGACAUUUUUUUCUUCUAUGAAGAGGAUGACCACAUAUGGAAUGGAGGAACUCAGGCCAAAUCGGGCAAGAAAUUUAAGUAUCUCUUUCCCAAGUUUACUCUGUGCUGGACCGAAUUUGUGGAACUCAAGGUACACGUGCCCUGUGAAACCCUGCAGUACGUGGAGGCCAACUACGGCCCGGAGUGGAAGGUGCCUGUGAAGACAUGGGACUGGAAGAGCUCACCCUCCAAUGUGCAGGACAAUGGAGUCUGGCCUAUUGAUGAGUGGGACAAUGUCAUCCAAAUCUACUGACCCCUGUCUGCUGACAGAGCCUGUCCCAGAACUGUCAGUGUGUGACUUCCCAGUGCCCAAAGGCAUUGACAUCCGUUUCCUCUGUAAUCCCCACGUGUUUCCUAAGGAGACAUUUACCUCCCUUUGCUUAACAGGUAUUUUCUUCACCUUCAUUGUGCUUUUUCCACAUGAUUAAGGGAGAAGAUGAAAAGCAGCUGGAGGGAAGGGAAGCUGAAAGAAAAGCUGCACAAAGGGAGUGGAGAGGACUGCAGUGGACUUUUGGGCAGUUGACUAUUUAAAUGUAAACGGUGGCCAGGCAGCUUUGACAUUCCUGGGAUCAUGAAAACCUUCAGACUGUUCAAUUCUCAAGCUUGAGAGAAGGUGAGGAUGGGAAAAUCUCAGAGCAGUUCCUUUUUUUUCAAAGGAGAUCUUGUGACUGUUUCACUUCAAAACACCAGCGUUAUGAGAACCUCAAAUGUGCUUGAUUUGAGACUGGUACAUCCCUACCAUGAGCAGCAGGUUGCUCUUGGGAGUGGAAUGUUUCUGUGGCACAGAACCUGUGUGACCACCUGCUUUACAUCUAGGAGGUAUCUGGUAAUGGUGUUACACUAAGUGAAUGGAAGGAGAAACUAUUGACAUUGGACGUUUUUCAAUUCAUCCUUCUUUAAGAAUGUGAAGGUUCAUGCUGCUGGGAUGGCUUCCCCAUGAAAAGAAAUAAAAUUCUGGUUUUGAUGUUCCACUCCUUGUGUUCUCCCUGUAAAAUAUUUUACUGGUUUUUAGCAAAUUAUUCCUGCUUUCCUGCAAGUAGAUAGAAAUGGGGGUUAUUCAUAGUUUUCUAUUUCACAGAACAGUGGCUUCUCUUUAAGGGAAAGGAGAAAUGUGUACAAAUACCAACUGUUCCAUCAAAUUUGCAGUAGCAAUGCUGCCAGUCCUCUCAGUUUCAGUUUCUCCUGCCACUGAAACACUGGAGUAAAUUGUUCAGCUUCUGGCAACAACUUGUCAGGCUGGCUCUCCAGUUGGAUGGUAACUUUGCUCUGCCUGGUUCAGAAGAGAGAGAUGUAAAAUCCUGCUAACACCAUUCACUUGCUAAAGUAACCAUGACAUCAUAAGGGGUAAUUUCUCAGGUAGAUUUUUUUUUUGUACCUUUUUCUUUAACUGGAAAAAAAAAAAAGGUGAAUGUCCUUGUGGUUUCCAUGUGGUUUUCAUGUUCAUAACUCUGUUGUCCUGAACUUCUUGGUGUAAUAACAUGCAGUAAGCCUGUGAGUUUCUCAGAUGUGAUAAAUGUUUAAGAGUGAAAGAAAAGAUGCUCUCAGAAAAUUAUAAUCUGUCAAAUGUUUGACUUUGUAGAUGAAAAGACUAAUGAAAAAAAAAAAUGCAUGUCCCUGAAAGGGAGGAUGUCUUGAACAGUUGAUUAUACCUGUAAGGUAUUCUUCAGGUUAAAAUGUUUUCUCUUCAGCAGAUACAAGUGUAUAUUUAACACUGAUUAAAAGGAGAGUCUAAUUUGCAACUUGAGAUGCUGUUUCAUCCUCUGUUUUGUCAUCUUGGGCAGCAUUUAACACACUUCAUUGCAGUUACGAUGACAAAAUGCAUAGAGGAAAAUCCUGAAAUAUUUCUUACACUGCUUAUUGACUGCCUGUCUUUUGAAUGUUUAUUUUUUAAUAAAGAUAAUUGUAUACAAUAAA